UCAAAUGGUUUACAACAACAACAGCUGAACUGACAGCAGCGCCGCAGCCGCAACAACCGAGGAAAAACAUUUUACCAUGGGCAACGCUCUGAACCACUACAUAAAGCCAGAUGUGACGCCCGGGCCGGAUGUGGUGCCCAGCUUCGAUCCCAUGUUGGGCUUUGAGUCGCGCAAGCAGCGCGUAAUGAUUGCCACCAAAGAACAGAUGGAGUCGGCGAAGCUGCCACUCGAGGAUCGUGACUAUUGCGCUCACAAGCUGCUCGCCUAUCAGUCCUGCCGCUCCGACAAGUUCCCCUUCGUCUAUCAGUGCGCGCACGAGAAGCACGACUAUCUCACCUGCGAAUACGAGGAUUAUGUGCUCCGCAUGAAGGAGUUUGAACGCGAGCGUCGGCUGCUCGAGCGCCAGAAGCGCCUCGACAAGCAUGCCUAAACCUUGAGCACAGUUCAAUAGACAAGCAGAGCAGAAGUUAACGGUGUGCGACCUUUCCAGCGUCAACAGCGGAGCAGCGGAGCAGUCAACAACAAAACAAACAAAAACUCCAAGCGACUCCACACACUGCCCGUCGCAAUCGGAAAUUUCAAUAAUAAAUACUAUGCCUAGUAAUAAUA